UACUUAUUCCUUCCAACGUCUUCCAUACCACAUCGACAGUUUCACCCUUCACAGAACCGAAGAAUACAGCAGACUGUGAGAAUGGCGUCUGCCACUGCGUUCUACGACUUCAAGCCCAAGGAUAAAAAGGGCGCCGAGUACCCCCUCGAUCAAUACAAAGGCAAAGUCGUCCUGAUCGUCAACACGGCCUCCAAAUGCGGCUUCACGCCCCAAUUCGAGGGUCUUGAGAAGCUCUACAAGGAGCUCCACACCACCCACCCCGACUUCACGAUCCUCGGCUUCCCGUGCAACCAGUUCGGGUCGCAGGACCCGGGCACCAACGACGAGAUCGCCACCUUCUGCCAGGUCAACUACGGCGUGUCGUUCCCGGUGCUGGGCAAGACCGAGGUCAACGGCGAUAAGGCGGAGCCGCUGUACGAGUGGCUGAAGAAGGAGAAGCCGGGCCUCCUGGGCAUGAAGCGCAUCAAGUGGAACUUUGAGAAGUUCUUGGUCGGCCGCGACGGCACCGUCAAGGCGCGCUGGGCCAGCACGACCAAGCCCGAGAGCUUGCGGCCCGAGAUUGAGAAGGCGCUUGCGGAGAAGGUUUAGUCGGGUGGAGGGUGAGG